AUGGGUAGAGACCGUGCCGGGGGCGUGGAGUUGGCGAAGGCGCUGGCACAAGAGGUGACCCAGCAGGCACGGGUGGCGGGCCGAUGGACAAGUCAUGAAGACGAUGAGUCUGCUUGGCCCGUGGCAUUUGUCGAGGCAGCAGGCGCGCCAAAGUCUGACGCCUGCAUCAUGGAGGAACCUCAGGGCUCGGCGCCACCAAUGCAGGUGGAAGAUUUGGUGAGCUCAAUGCCAAAGACCGCGCAAGAGCCCGAGGAGGUCGGCAGCGGCUACGGCUGCUCAGGGCAGGACCGUGCCGGGGGCGUGGAGUUGGCGAAGGCGCUGGCACAAGAGGUGACCCAGCAGGCAGCAGGCACGCCAAAGUCUGACGCCUGCAUCAUGGAGGAACCUCAGGGCUCGGCGCCGCCAAUGCAGGUGGAAGAUUUGGUGAGCUCAAUGCCAAAGACCGCGCAAGAGCCCGAGGAGGUCGGCAGCGGCUACGGCGGCUCCGGGCAGGACCGUGCCGGGGGCGUGGAGUUGGCGAAGGCGCUGGCACAAGAGGUGACCCAGCAGGCAGCAGGCGCGCCAAAGUCUGACGCCUGCAUCAUGGAGGAUGAAGACCUCAUGGCGAAAGCGCUGCCUUCAAUGCUGUCAGCUCAGGCGGGGGCAUCAAGCGGCUCCGGCACUGUGCAGGAACAUGAGGAGGUGGACAGUGGGCAUUCGGACCCCGCGCACGCAGAGAUUGUGGCAAGCGUGCUUUCUCCAAUGGUGCUGGCGGCCGCUGGAGAGGAGGAGCCAGCAGCAUCGGCCAGCAUGGGGGAGCCUGUGGCAGUGGCAGAGGCGAAGGCUGCUGUGCAGAACCUCAGGAACAGUGAAGGAACGUAGCGACCCGGCUGUGGUCUUUGUCGGGCAGGUGCCUCAGGGCAUCUUGCCCUGAGGUUUUGCCAGGAGGAGGGCACGUUUUUGGUGUAGCUUUUGACCCCAGCCACAUACUUGGGUAGCUUAGUGCUUAUUUGCGAGGCCUGUGCUUCGCAGGGGCGUUCUGAAAGCACAAGGGUGCGCCGAAGUGCGCCAUUGUGCCAGAUGUUGCCACACCUCGGACCCCGGCCAAAAUG